AAAGAGUAAAGUUGUCGCGGGUGUCAUUAAACGGUACCACUCGCCUCACGUUUUCCCAUCGAAGUCGUUUUACCGGACCGAGGAGGCAGUUCGGGGGUUGGGAAGGUUUAUUCAAGGCUAAGUUAAAGGACCGGUUAGCAUGCUAGCCCAGGCAGGAUGUUGCGUCUUCGCUGUAAGACCAAAAACGGGAGUCACGUCAUGCACGGCUUGACUCACCAGUCGUGCGUGAAAGAAUUAAAAAGCAAAGUGGAGGAGCUGACGGGGAUCCCGUGUGAGGUGCAGAAAAUCAUGGUGGGCUACCCACCUUCCAACCUGGACCUGCGCAACGGGGACGCUCAUCUCAAGGACUACCCCAUCAAGUCUGGUGACACCCUCAUUGUGGAGGAGGAGAAAAUGAAGCCCAAGCUGGGCGACCAUCCCGGCGUGACCAAAACGCCUCGCCUGAGCGCCCCGCCGGCGCUGGCCCGCCGCACGGUGCCGGCCGACAACUCGUGCUUGUUCACCAGCGUCAACUACGUGGUGGAGGGCGGCGUGUACGACCCGGCGUGCGCCCCCGAGCUGCGCGGCCUGAUCGCCCAGAUCGUGUCCAGCGACCCCGCGGCGUACUCGGAGGCGGUUCUGGGCAAGAGCAAUGAGGACUACUGCGCCUGGAUCCGGCGCGACGACACGUGGGGGGGCGCCAUCGAGGUGUCCAUCUUGUCCAAGUUCUACCAGUGCGAGAUUUGCGUGGUGGACACGCAGACGGUGCGGGUGGAUCGCUUCGGCGAGGACGCCGGCUACCGCAAGCGGGUGCUGCUCAUCUACGACGGCAUCCACUACGACCCGCUGCAGAGGGAAGCGCCGGGCUCGGGGGGCGCCCCGCCGCCCCCCCAGACCGUCUUCUCCACCGGGGACGACGUGAUCCUGGCGCAGGCCCUGGAGCUGGCCGACGAGGCCCGCCGCAAGCGGCAGUUCACGGACGUCGACCGCUUCGCGCUGCGCUGCAUGGUCUGCCAGACGGGCCUGGUGGGACAGAAGGAGGCGCGAGAGCACGCCAGGGAGACGGGUCACGCCAACUUUGGCGAAGUCUGAAAACGCUUGACACGCUUUGUUCCUCGCGCUCGUCUGUGGCCGUCUACCUCGGUGUUUCCCAGCUUUUCUUGACAAAGACAAACUCACGGCACGCCAACAAACAAAAACAUAAAAGCUAUGUACAGUGUUUCCCUAUUUGCAAUUUCAA